GUGUUUAAUACCAAGAACCAGAACAAAGCUAAAAAAAAAUGUUAUAAAAGUUCUGGCAACAGCAGUUGCAGACCUCAGCAAUUCAUUGAAUGUAAAUGAUCAGAACAAAAUACCUCCCCAUCCAUGAGCGCAUUGAUAAUUAAUUAUUUAAGCUUCUUUUGACACAAAUUGUCUUCAUUUUAAUUAUUUUUGUCAUCUAAACUAGAUACAUGGACAAAGACAUUUCUGUAUUAUGUGUUUUAUUCUAAUGCAGCCUAUGAUGGCUUUUUACUGAGCUUUCAACUGUAUUUCACCAUCUUCAACAGCAGAUAAAGAUUGUUCGUUCAUGAAUACUUGAUACAAAUGUCCUAUUUCAGUAUUUCUAAUAGUUCAAACUCCUAAUUUAUAUUCACAAAGGCCACUGGUAUUUCAAUUUGUGCUUCUAAGCAUUUGAUCAUUUUUUUCCUGUGGACGCCCAGGGCACAAUAUAGUCACCUCCUGCUUGUUUCAUCCUUGUCCAAGGCUUUUGUUAAACAGAAUACAACAUGCAUACACACAAACUCCUUUAUACACAUCCUCCCCGUUAGGUUAUUUCUCAUUAGCGUCCCCCCCUCCACAGUCUUUACCAUUCAACUCAGGUUUUUACACUCUGUAUCUUGAACCUUGGUUUCCAAAUCAAAUUAAUUGGGUCACUUUUAUAGCAACAUACUGGCAUGCUAAAUUGCCUGAGUCAAAAAGACAGCUGCAGACAAGAAUACUCAAUUACACCCAGUAAACUAGAGGUCUGCUAAUGUAUGCUCUGAACAAUUAUCUCCAUGCGGAUAUUUGUGUUAUUUCAUUACUUGAAAAAAGACAUAUAACUACAUAAAAGCCAGUCACAGCGCUGUAAAAAGCCAUUAAUAUGUAAGAGCAGACAGGAGACGGCUUCUCAUAGAAAGGCAGGGGAAAUUAUUCUGAUGUGGUCUUAUUGCUCGUGGAGCCUUCAUCUCUGCUUUGUCAAGAUGGAUGUUUUGAGUUUUUUUUGCCAUCAGCAGUAUAAUUUGUUUUAUUCCUGGCCCGUGUUUGAUUCCGUAUUGCAGAUUGACAGCAGUGGCAGUGCAGAAGGAAGGAAAAAUCCCUGGGUUGUGCGUGAGCAGAGAGGCAUGUACAAGUGCUAGAAUCUCAGAGAAAUGGUUUGUGUAGUGGUGCAUAGCCGAGCGUGUUUUUCUAACAUGCAGGCAAAAGAGUUAGUCCUUGUGGAGGUGGGCUUUUUUCCAUCUGGUGUUUAAAACAAAUUAGCCUUUGCUAAUUGCACACUGCACCUAUUUCCCACAAGUGCAGAUAGUUAGGGUGCUAGACUGCCUUGCUAAAUACAUAAAAGUAUAAGAAAAGGAUACUUUCAAAUACGCUUGAAUUAGUUCUCUGCUUGAUCUCAGGUUUUGACGUAAAAAUCCUUUAUCACCUUGAUCCCGCUACUUCUCUUCACUUUCACUUGAAAUCUGAGCAAGAGAUUUAAGACUUCCAAAGUCUAGACAUGAAAAUGAAGACGGCUUAAGUGCAUUGCUGGAAUUCUGUCUGAUGUAUGUUGCUUUUUCGGAGUAACUGUACUGAGUGGCUCAGUCUGCGGCUGUACGGCCCUGGGUGUCCCUUUCCCCGAGCACAAGUGUGGGCAUGUUCACAUAUCAAACCUAUCUGUUUCUUGCCAUGUGUUAUCUGCAGGUCAGCCAACCUCUGUACCUCCCCCCUCUCCUCACCGCUGCUGCUGCGUCCCCCCUUCUGCCGCAUUCCUCCCACAGCAGUCCCAGGAGGGCCAUAACAUGGGGGGAGGUGGGUUGGGGGCUUUCCUCCACUGCUCAUGGCUUUCCGUGGUCAAGCGCCGCAGUGACACAGGAGAGGCCAGGCCGUCUGUCAUUCUGUCUGCAGCGACACAGUACACCCAUCACUAGCCGUCUGACAACGCCACAGCUGUGAUACAAUCUCGUGUGCCCUGUGUGGUGUCUGUCUGCCGGCACAGAUGGACGCAGGGAGAGAAAAGAGACGCUAAGGGUUGGAGACAGUGGAGGAGAAAGUGCAGUGGGCUUCUGUCACUUCCCUCGUAGUCUAAGAUUACAGGUACUUGUACAAUCACUGUCCAGGUCCAGAGUGGAAUGUGAUGUGCAGAGGCUGCUGCGAGUAUGACGUGAUUCACUGUAAGUGCCCCAUCCAGGGGACUCAGGUGGGCUACGCUGUGCCCUGCUGCCGCAAUGCCAUCAAUGAGUGCGACCCCUGCAUUAUACAUCCAGGUUGCAGUAUUUUCGAGAACUGUAAGCGCUGUAACAAUGGCACAUGGGGCCCCAGGGAUGACUUCUUCAUUAGUGGCCAAUACUGCGCCGAGUGUCGGCCUGGCUGGUCUGGCGGAGACUGCAUGAAGUGCGGGGGAGUGAUCCGCAAACGGCAGGGCCACUUGGUGCUGGAGAGCUACCCCAACAACGCUAGGUGUGAGUGGACAAUACAGGUGGACAGGCCAUUCACCAUAGAACUCAGGUUCAUGAUGUUGAGUCUGGAGUUCCACCACUCUUGUCAUUACGACUACGUGGAGGUCCGUGAUGGAGACAGCAUCAGGUCGCGUGUUAUCGCUAGAUUCUGCGGGAACAACAGACCUGCCCCGGUUCAAAGCUCUGGCAACAGUUUGCACAUUCUCUUCGUGUCUGAUGGUUACAAGAAUUUUGAUGGAUUCUUCGCCACUUUCCAGGAGAACUCAGCUUGCAGCUCCUCCCCUUGUCUGCAUGAUGGGACUUGCAUCCUGGACAGUUCGUAUACUUACCACUGUGCCUGUCUGGCUGGCUACACAGGCAAGCGGUGUGAAAAUGUGGUGGGAUGCCGCAGGCCUCCAGUGCCCAUCCAUGGUUCUACAGAGGGUCUGUUCCACCAUUCUGGUGCACGCAUCACUUUCCGUUGUGACCCUGGUUUCGAGCUGCGGGGGUUUCGUACUGCCAUCUGCCUGAGUGAUGGCACCUGGAGUGCGCCUGCCCCGGAGUGUGUGCCAGUGGAAAGAGUCUGUACUCUGCCACCAAAGCCAACACAUGGGGACCACUUCUUGGUUUAUGGGCCCAACGAUGUCCUCAUUGCUCUGCAGUAUCUGUGUCACCAACCCUAUGAACUCAAUGGAAGCUCCCAGAGAACCUGCCUUCCCAACAAUACCUGGAGCGGGACUCCUCCUAUUUGCACUAAAGUGAAUAACACUCUUACUGAAGCAGAGAAGGACAAAGACAAAGUUAAAGGGACAGAAAUAGGCAAGGAAAUAGAUGUAUACAGUGAAAAGGAUAUCAGCAAAACCAAAGAGAAAGACCAAGAGAACACAACUGGACUAAAGGAAAGUGUUGCAGGGAAAGAUAUAAACACUGGGCAGGAGAAUACAACAGCAGUCGACAGAGAAGAUAAAUAUACUGGGAUGAUUCCAGAGAAAACUCUGCCCGAGGGUGGGAAUGAAGGAGAGCUAGAGGAAAGAAAUACUGGGUCAGAGAAACCUUCUGGAGGCACGGAAGAUAAAGUAGAUAGUGAAGGCCCAGAUAACAACCUGCACACAGUUGAAGAAAAGAAAGAACCAGACGUUCUAAAGCCACCGGAGAAAAAUGAAGACAGUUUAGAAACAAACCUAGAGACAGAGAAGACUGACAUCACAGAAAUAGUUGUGAUAAAAGAUAAAGGACAAGAGGACAAGGAAAGAAAAGAGGAGCAAGUGAACGGGAAAAGAGAUCCAGACAAAGUGGGACCCAAUGACACCAAGCUGAGGACGGUCAUAUCUGAGGGAGAAAACACAGUGGAGAUAUUUGAACUUGGAAUGACCAAGACCAACAGCACAGUUACUUAUGAUAUCACGGAUACACCGAAAGAAAACAAUACCAUUGGGUCUCCAGCGCCGGGGAGGAAAAUCAUCCCCACCCGAGUCAACGUUACGCAGUACACCAUGUACAGGGCAGUCGAGGAAAGUGGGAAACCAAAAGAAAAAACAACUAAAAAGGACGAGACAGAGAAGCAGCUUUUAGAGAAAACAAAGGAAGAGCUGGAAAGGGAGAGGGAGGAGAAAGAAAAAGAAAAGGAGAGAGAAAAGGAGAGAGAAGUCAACCAAAGCUUUUCUGAAAAAAGCUGCCCUCCUCUGCCUCGCCUCUACCAUGGUUACCAGCAGGUGGUGCCAGGGCUGGAGCCUGAAACAGUGGAGUUAAAGUGUAACCAUUCUUAUGCUCUGAGUGGAGACAGCCGACGUACCUGCCAGCCAGAUGGUACAUGGAGCGGCAAACAACCUCUUUGUGUCAGAGCAUGUCGAGAGCCCAAAGUAUCAGAGCUGGUUAGACAACGAGUUCUGCCUGCUCAAACACCACUCAGAAAGACACCUGUGCACAAGCUCUACUCCUCCUCACUGGGCCGGCAACUCCAGUCCGAUGGCCCCACCAAAAGCCCCCCACUACUUUCCCAAUUGCCCCAGGGCUUCCACCAUCUAUACACACAUAUUGAAUAUGAGUGUGUGUCUGCGUUUUACCACCACUCCGGCAGUCCACGUCGCACUUGCUUGAAGACGGGGAAGUGGAGCGGGCGCCAUGUUUCCUGUUCACCAGUGUGUGGGAAGCAUCCAACCUUUGACCCGGAGAGGCCGGAAGAGGCUCACUGGCCUUGGAUGGCAGCCAUCUACCGCCGCUCUACUAAGGGUACGGAGACCAAGGUGACCAAGGCAGAAAGCCAGGCAGAGUCCCUGAAGAAGGACAGCGGAGCAGGAGCUGGCAACUACAAUCAAGCUUCCGACUGGCAGCUAGUCUGCAGCGGGGCUCUGGUGAACCAAAGGAGUCUGGUGGUUGCAGCUCACUGUGUGACAGAGCUGGGCAAGGUGUAUCCUGUGGAUACAGCCACAGUUAAAGUGGUAGUUGGGAAGAACUAUCGCGAUGACCACAGAGAAAUUAAAGGCCCUCAACACCUGAGGGUGGCUUCCAUUGCUGUUCAUCCAAACUACGACCCCAAUAUUCUCGAUUCUGACAUAGCUGUGAUCAAAUUACUAGACAAAGCAAGGAUUGGAGAAAAAGUCCUGCCAAUCUGCUUAACAGAAGACCAGGAAGAAGAAGUUGCCUCCGGUCAGGGGCUUGUGACAGGCUGGUCUCCGCUGCCCGAUUCAAAUUUAGGCCUUGACGAGAAAGCAAGGGUUGGGCUGGUUCACCUUGCUGACGUAGUCCCAUGUGAGCAGCAGUACGCUCGUAACGGCGUGCCAGUCAGCGUUACAGACAAUAUGCUUUGUGCCAGCCAAAAGCCCGAUUACAGCCCAUCUAACAUAUGUCCCUCUGACACUGGGGGAAUACUCGUCCUCCCUGCUCUCUCAGAAAACCUCUCCAGCAAUAACCAGAAGCCUUCUCUCAGUUUUACACAGGUUCAAGGGGAGAGCAAAGGGCUGUGGAGACUCCUGGGACUUGUGAGCUUUGGUUAUGACAAAGGCGAGUGCAAUCCUGACCUCUACACGGUCUACACACGUGUAGACAACUUCAAAGACUGGAUUGAGAGCAAUAUGAAAUGAGAAUCUUACCGUCCCUGUUAUCUUUGUCUGUUUUUCAGUGUAUUCAUUCUGUCUAAUCUUUUUGUUUUUGAUAUUAUGCACAAGGGCAUUUUCUUGCUAAAUGCAAAAGCAACACUGGACAACACAGUGCUCUAACUGAGGGGGGUGCUAACACAUCAGAUGUGCUAAGCAUCGACCUUUCAACUGAGGACUUCGGUGUUCAGGUCCCACAACCUGAGAUUACAGACUUGAAAAUGACCAGAAAAACCAUUCGGCUGAGCAUCUGCCGAAUGAUGGUUCGGAUUGUACUCAUCGUUAUGUACAUAUGUUGAAUUAUUAUACAAAUUCAUACGACUCAAGAGGUGUAUAUAUUGUACUGAAAGGCAAAAAUAUCAUGACGUUUUUAAUUAAAGAAAGUGCUGGUGUGGUAAA